AUGAGGUGCCUUGUGCUUCUCCUGGCCUUCCUGGCUCUCUCCCAGGGCAAUGGGAUCACCAGGAUCCCUCUGCACAGAGGCAAGUCUCUGCGCAAGUCCCUGAAGGAGCACGGGCUUCUGGACGAGUUUCUGAUGAAGCACAAGACCAACAGGAAGUUCUCCAAUUUCGGGGAGGUGGCCAGUGAGCCCCUGACCAACUUCCUGGACUGUCAGUACUUCGGCAAGAUCCAGAUCGGGACCCCACCCCAGGAGUUCACUGUGGUGUUCGACACUGGCUCUUCUGACCUCUGGGUGCCCUCCGUCUACUGCCAGAGUGAUGCCUGCCAGAACCACCACCGCUUCAACCCCGCCAAGUCCUCCACCUUCCAGAACAUGCACAAGCCCCUGUCCAUCGCUUAUGGCACCGGCAGCAUGCAGGGCAUCCUGGGCUACGACACCGUCACUGUCUCCAACAUCGUGGACACCCACCAGACCGUGGGCCUGAGCACCGUGGAGCCCGGAGACGUCUUCACCUACUCCGAGUUCGAUGGCAUCCUGGGCCUGGCCUACCCGUCCCUGGCCUCUGAGUACUCUGUGCCCGUGUUUGACAACAUGAUGGACAAGCACCUGGUGGCCCAAGACCUGUUCUCUGUGUACAUGAGCAGGAACGGCCCGGGCAGCAUGCUCACUCUGGGUGCCAUCGACCACUCCCACUACACCGGCACCCUGCACUGGGUCCCCGUCACCGUGCAGCAGUACUGGCAGUUCACCCUGGACAGCGUCACCGUGGACGGUGUGGUCGUGGCCUGUGAGGGCGGCUGCCAGGCCAUCCUGGACACCGGCACCUCCAUGCUGGUGGGACCCAGCAACGACAUCCUCAACAUCCAGUCGGUCAUCGGAGCCACCCAGGGCCAGUACGGCGAGUUCGACAUCAACUGUGGGAACCUGAGCAAAAUGCCCUCGGUGGUCUUCGAGAUCAACGGCAAGAAGUACCCGCUGCCCCCCUCGGCCUACACCAGCGAGGACCAGGGCGUCUGCACCAGCGGUUUCCAGGGUGAGACCGACUCUGACCAGUGGAUCCUGGGGGAUGUCUUCAUCCGAGAGUACUUCAGUGUCUUCGACAGGGCCAACAACCGCCUGGGGCUGGCCAAGGCUGUGUAA